AUGGUAGUCGGCGAAAGUAGAGUCCCAUGGCCAGUGCGGUGGCUGUUGUGCACGGUGUUUAUAACAAGCGUGCACGGAUGCUUUAGCAUAUGGCAAAGAGAAGAAGCGCUUGCUGAUUGGUGUAAGACCAAGAAAACCUCGAAAGUGGAACUUGCCAAGCCUGGUACUUUUCCCCCCUUAUUGCACUAA